AUGUAUAAUAAUUCAAUUCUGUUCAAUUUUAGAGAAAAACAAAUUCGCGUAUUUGUAUUUGGUGAUUAUGAAUUUUUGUAUGCAAUUUAUGGAAUAACUGGUGCAAAUGGUAGACACUCAUGCCUGUUUUGCAACAUCACAAGUCAAGGAAUGUCAAAUCCAAUUAACGAUAACAUUCAAAUGCGAUCACUUAAGACACUGGAUUUAUCUCUAGCAAAAUUUAACAACCAUGGUGCAGAUCCUAAGUUUGCUAAAUUAUGUGACAAUGUUAUUGACCAACGGUUGUUUAAUGUGCCACUUGAUCAGGUGCUUUGUUUUUAUUGAUUACUCCUAUUUUAUUUAUUAGGCAUUAUUCGCAAAUUCACAUGAAUAAUUGUUUAUUCAAUAUAAUACAAUACAAGUUAUUUUUGUGGUAAAUGUAAAUGGUGGUGUAUGCAAUUGUAAAUAAUAUAAACUUUCUUGUACUAUUAGAUAGGAGUUCCUGCUUUACAUAUCUCACUUGGUAUAUACUUAAAGUUUUUCAACAUGUUAGAAGACUCUUGUCACACAAUUGACAUAAAAAUUGCAGGUCUAAUGGCAGUAAACAACCAAACGCUUGACUGUGAGGAGUUUAAUGCAUAUAUAGAGCACCAGCGCCCAAUAAAUCAACUUCAAAUAAGUGUUCAAGAACUUGAAGAUAAAAUACGUGUUAUAACAGAAGCACUUGAAAUGCAAAUACUUUUUAACCCUGAAAAUGAAGAAAAAAUUAAAUUAGUAUUUGAACCUCACUUGAUUCACUUUGGAAAGAAAAAGAAA